UUAAAAGGCAAAUUCGAGAAGAAAGCAAAAAAAAAGCUCUCAGCCUCUCGUCACCACCACUAAACAAGAGAGAAUGGGUUUGAUAUCAACAACGAAAGAGACGAAGAACAGUAAUAACGGCGGAAGAGGAAUGAGUUUCCUCUUAGUAUUCUUCCCUGACCACACCGACCUCUCUCCUUCUCCCUCUUCAUCUUCAUCUCCUCCAACAACACUCUUCCGCGCCAGAUCUUCCCGCCUCCUCCUCUCCAAAGCUCAAUCCACAAUCUCAAUCUGCCUCCUCCUCCUUCUCCUCACUCUCUUCCUCUUCACCCUCUCCACCUUCGAACCUCCCUCCUCCUCCUCCGCCGUCGUCUCUCACCGCCGCCGCUUCCUCCUCACUCGCGACGUCGCCAGAAACAACAACCGAUUCGCUCUCCAGGGGAUGGGGACUCUGUUUCUCAGAGGAACCAAGAGCAUGCACGAUCUCAUCGUCGCGCAUAUCCCUUCCGAUACGACGGAGGAAGAUCUCCGCCUCUUCUUACGGUUGUUACACCGCUCAGGAGUCACUUCUAAAUCCGACGUCGUUUUGCUAACUAAUUCCGGUAGAUCAUUUAACGGAUUGGUUAGAGAAGAGAACCACUCGUUCUUAAAACUCGUUGAUUUGUACCGGAACAACUUGAAUCGAACCGAAUCGGUUUGGGGGUUUAAUCACUCCCGGUUUAUUAAAAACCAAUCGGGAAACGACACGUCUGAGCCUAUAUGGGGGAAGACGAAGACGAAGACUCAUAAUAACGAGACGGAGUUAAUAACUCACGGCUCUGUCGUUAGUUUCGACGUGGCGGAGUUAGACCCGGAAAACUCUUUAUCCGGGUUCAUGGAUCACGUACCCAUCACCUUACGUAGAUGGGCCUGUUACCCAAUGUUACUGGGCCGAGUUAGACGCAGUUUUAAACACGUGAUGCUCGUGGACGCGAAGACUUCAUUAAUCAUCGGUGAUCCGUUAACCCGGAUCCGUAACCGGACCCACCGACCCGAGUCUGUUAUUUUAUUCUCUAAUAAACACAAGAAAACGACGUCGGAGAGCGUUAAUCCGGCGGUUAUCAUCGGAGGAGCGAGAGGGAUCAGGAGGCUAUCGAGCGCGAUGCACACGGAGAUCGUGAGGGCGGCGAUGAUGCAGAGGAAGAAGAGGAGCUCGGUGUCGGAAUCGGCGGUGCUGAGUCAACUCGUUGGGAGUGUACAUUUGACGAAGGGGAUUGAAGUGGUGGGAAUGAGUGAGGUGGUUGCGGAAGCGAGUUCGCUCGCUGAGUUGAGGACGAGAAACUCGGCGGCGGCGUCGGUUAGGGAUUGUGAUAUGAUACUACGCGGGAAUGUUAUGGCGGCGGUUAUUAUGAAACGUGUUUGUUCGUUAGAUUCUUCUGUUUAUAGUUACUGUUAGCAUUUAAUUAUUAUUGUGGAAAUUUAAAAAGUGGGAAAAAUACAAAACAAAAUUAGAGAAAAUGUUCGUUGUAUUUUAAUAGGUUUUGUACCAUUUGACUUCUGUUAUUUCCUUAGGUUUUACAGUGAAUAAUAUUGUAUUAAUUUAUAGAAAUUAUUAAUUUAUCGAUAUACUAGUUGGAUCAA